GUCUCUCCCAGAAGCUCUGUAUAACAGAACAAUAUGUUACUUAUCUUCAGAACCUAUUAUUUACCCGAACUGUAGUAACCUCAAGCUUGAAAAAGAUGUCAUAGCAAUUUCCUCUAUUACGACAAUAACAAAGAAAGCAAGUAGCGGCUGCAGUGGUCAGAGGUCGUGCUGUGUGAGUAAUGAUAUUGGAGACUGUAUAGUCACAUAUCCUAACACAAAGUAUCCAGGGACGACUUUCGACUUGCAGAAAAAGUGCACGGGACAAUUAAAAUUUUGCGCUCAUAAUAUAAAGCGGAUGUCCACAUCACAAGACUGCUCGUCAGCUAACCUUGCAAAUGAAGUCGACUUCGCAGAAAUUCAGUAUUACUGCAUCAAGCAAAUGAAUAUAGUAAAUCUACGCCAGAGAAGAUAUAAUGCCAGUAAUUUUGCCGUCGUUUAUCUUCAGUCAUUUAAUUACCACUCCCCAAACAGGCAUUUUGAGGACGUAUGGUGUGAAGUGAUUGCGGACAGUGUUUACGUUAGACUAAUUGUUAUAGAUGUCCAACUUGGAGUUUCUGAUUUACUCUCUAUUUAUGACAAGUCAUCUUGUGCAAAUGUAUAUACAUUUCCUGGAAAAUACACCAAUUUUUACAGGCUUGAGGAGGUCGCUAAUUUGACAAACCAUUUUUAUGUUCACUUCAAAGGGUAUGGAGUGUUUUGGAUCGCAUUUAAAUCUGAAAACCGCAGAAUGUCGAUGAAUUGUGGAACAUUGAAUGCAGAUUGCAAUAAAAACAAGAUUAAUUCUACCACCUCCAGUCCGAAGGUUCAAAAGUCGACUCAAGUUCCAUGGUGGGUUGCUGUACUUGGAGGAAUAUUGGUCUGUUUUCUUACUGUUUUGUAUCUGUAUAAAAGGCACAGAAGUAAACAAAAGAUAGAAACAGACCAAGACUUAGAACCAGAGGGCAAAGGUCUGUAUCCAAGUAUUUUCUCCGUGAUGCCAUCGGAGAAGAGUGCGCCCCCUUCCGUGUCUUCAUUCCCGAAGAAUAAUGGUCUUCCUAAAUAUUCAGUCUCUGUAAGAGACGAAUAGACCAAAAACCGGCGCUUUUAAAGAAAAAACAGAGAAAAAAGAGCAAAUCUAAUUAUAAAGUUUUUAUAAUUUAUAUGCAUGGAAUAAGAAAUACGUUAUGUAUCAUACAUAUACAUGUAAUGUUAUAAUUUUAUCAUACUUCAUAACUGUUACAGUAGUACGAACUUUGGACUGUAUGUAAUGUAACGUGCACGUGAUGUUUGAUGUUCGCUUAUAACGUAGCACUUCCACGACGUUCAACGAAUUUGACUAUAAAAUAAAACAAUUCUAAAUUUUU